CCUCCUUCCCGGCCCUUUUCUGCCUGGGCCUCGGCUGCUAGAGGUGCUUCUCCGGCUGGUGCGCGGUUUGCAUCCGGAAGCGGCGUCGCGAUGGUGUUCAGCUCGGCCUGGAAACGAAUGUCGUGGUUUUAUUACCAGUAUCUGCUGGUGACCGCGCUCUACAUGCUGGAGCCCUGGGAGAGGACGAUCUUCAAUUCCAUGUUAGUGUCCAUCCUUGGAAUGGCACUUUACACUGGCUAUGUGUUUAUGCCACAGCAUAUUAUGGCAAUAUUGCACUAUUUUGAAAUUGUGCAGUGAUAAAGAAUGACCUGAGACAGGAAUCAGUUGGAAACUGCGGACCAGAUACCCAAGAAGAAUUGAACAUCUGCUGUUAAGGAUUUCUGCAGUCGACAAAACAAGCAAGACAGGAUAUCAGUGGCUUUGAAGAUGACACAACCAGUUGAACACACACGCAUACACGGGAUGCAAUAUGUCCUGAGUGUUGAUGGCAUUUUCUUUUGGUUUUACAAAAUUUCCUUGUAUAGUAAUUUUUGUCUAUGAACAUUGUGAUUGUUUGUACCUUUGAUAUCAGUAUUUUCUUAACUUUGUGACAGUCUCAGUAUUAUACUGUGAAAGCUUUUCUUAUUGUAACUUUGAGUAAAACUUAAUUGCCUUCUAUUUUUAAUCAAAAAUCAUUAAUGGGGUGUUAGGCUUUUGCUAUAUGUUCAUCUGGGUAUAUUUCCAAUAACACAUUUUGUAAGAAAGUGUUUAGAUUCAUACAAAGUUGUGGAUAUAUUCAUUGAAUCUUUCUUACAAAAACAUGUUUCUAAAGACUUAACUCAGGUGCUUCAGUUGCUAUCAAGACUCUCAAACAGGCUAUUUUACUUUAACAGUAACUAGAAAACAUUUUAUUUUCCAUAUGGACACUUGUAGCAUUAUGUAUGGAACAAUGCUGUAAAGGUUGCUGGGCACGUAAAGGAUUAGUUUGGUUUACAUAUGCCAUCUAAUUUUUCAUGGAGUUUUGUGACAGCACUUUAAUGCUGCCAUUAUAGUUUUCAACUGAAUUGUGCUUGUAAAUGUUUAUUUCUGGAGGAAUGUAAUUUAAUAUAGAUGAAAAGACCAUGGCUAUUGCUGUUGUAUAAUCUCGCUUACAUUAUGAAACAUUUAUUAUUAAUGUGUAAAUAGUGUUCAAACCCUUUUGAAUACUUAAAAUCAAAUGACCAAAACACGAAGUUUGAAGCGGGCUUGGGUUAAAACUACAGCAAUACGGGUUGUCUACAAGGUUGAAGACUUGUCUUAGUUUUUAUAGCUUUUUCAGAUUUGUAUUCUGAAAUGUAAGAUGGCAGUUUUUAAGGUGGGGUAAUUUUUUCUUCCAAAUAAAAAGCUGAAAGAGUUGAUUGUA